GUCUUGUCAUUAUUUCAGACUUAAGAGCUAAAACAUUCGAAUAUUUAUCAAAUCCCUUGUAAAAUAUUAAUAAUUUUAUUAUUGAUCGAUUAGUAUAAUAUCGAAAAUGGAACUUUCUGCUGAAGGCAAAACGCCCGAGUAUAUGGCGUUAGCUGGCAUAAAAUUCAAGUUAUCAUUACCUCAAUUUAAAGACAAUCCGCAACUCAAGGAACAAUUGCUUCAAGGAAUAAAGGCUGGAAAUAUGGCUCCUUACUAUAAAGAAGUUUGCACAGAUCUAGGAUGGAACUUCGACCAGAAAAUGUUUGAUGAAAUGGCAAAAGAGAAUCACGAACGAUUGGCGAAAUUCAAAGAAGACGAUUCUGAAACACCAGUAUGGCAAGAUAGGUUGGACUAUAUGUGUUCUAUUGGGGAUAAAGAAGCAGCUACUGUUUUAGCUACAACUAAGUAUGAAGAUGCAACUUUAACUACAAAUAGACGACUUGAUGCUAUAUUUGCCUUAUUUAGAAUUGCAUAUUUUCAUGGUUGUAAUGUUAAGGACAUGGGCAAGGCAGUUUCAAAGGCUCAUGAAUUAGUUGACAAAGGCGGUGAUUGGCGCUCCAGGAAUAAACUCAAGGCAUAUGAAGCAAUUUACUGUCUUGCUGUCCGAGAUUACAAUAAGUCAGCUGAACUGUUCAUUGACUGUGUCUCAACAUUUGAAUCAUAUGAAUUAGUUGAUUUUGGUACCAUAAUACAGUAUUGUGUUUUGGCCUGCGCAUUAGCACUUGAGCGUCACGCUCUACAGGCAGCGUUACGGAGGCAAGGUGCAGCAGUGCAGGCGUUGCGGUCACGUUUCCCAGAACUGAGAGAACUUGUAGAGUCUUUACACGAAUGUCGCUAUGCUGACUUUAUGAAGAGUUUAGCUUGGGUGGAGACUCAAAUAUGUGUGGAUCCAGUAUUCAGACCGCACUACCAACAUUAUGUCCGAGAGGCACGCAUCAAGGCGUACGUGCAGUUGCUCCGUGCGUACCGUUCGUUGAGCCUCGACAAUAUCGCUGAUACGUUUGGCGUUACCCGCGAGUUCGUUGAGGAAGAAAUCUCUACAUUCACAGCAGCGGGUCGUCUUCAGUGCCGUAUCGACGCAGUAGCGGGUUGUGUGGUGACGGGCGCGGGACGAGGUGCGGACGCAGACCGUUCGCAGCUUUACCAGGCGACCAUACGUGAAGGGGAUUUGCUUCUCAACCGUGUGAAGAAACUUGCUAGUGUCAUUAACUUCUAAGGGUUCAUAAUGUCCUGGUAACUUGUAUGUUUUACUUACAAUGAAAUUAAAUAAAUAAUUAUAAAAUA